GCAAACUUGGCCGAUCAUGAUACAUCGCCCUCGUUGAUCAUCGCUAUCUUUCGAGAGGAACCGUCAAUUGUACAUUGGUGGCUCUUGGGACAUUUUCCGCAUCCCGAGGUCUCUUGUCGCCUUAGAAUUGAUACCCACCGGGUUGGAAUAGCUAGGGACUACCGGCUUGAUUAUCAUGGCUUCGUCGAUUCUCCCAUAUUUGGGAUCCGUCCCUCUCAGCUUCACCGUACCCGCCGUCGCGGCAGCCGCAUCCUAUGUAGACGCGCGUUACGGCAUCUCGAACGAUUGGGACCUCCUCGGGAAGUUCUUCAGUAACAUCUUCAAGGCACGAUGGAACGAAUACAAAGACCGCAUUUCAGUCUUUUAUAUCUUGGAACAAUGGGCCCAGAGCAACCGAGCCGAUCAGGCGUUCGUCCUGUACGGGGACAACUCCUACACGUACAAGCAAGCAUAUGAGAUGUCUCUACGGUAUGGCGCAUGGUUCAAAUCCAAGGGCGUCCAACCCGGCCAGGUCAUCGCGAUGGAUUUCAUGAAUGGCGACGCGUUCGUGUUCAUCUGGUUCGGGCUAUGGAGCAUUGGUGCGAAGCCAGCGUUCAUUAACUACAACCUGACGGACGAGCCACUCCUGCACUCGGUGCGCGCCGCGGGCACGCACCUGCUGGUCAUCGAGGAGGAACCCGCGCAAAACUCUCUCACCCCGGAGAUCAAGGCGGCUCUCGAGGCGCCUGACUUCCUUGGAAAUGGGGAAGGCAGCACGGAGGUUGUCGUCUUUGAUGCCGCGCUCCGAGCCCACGUGGAGGCUCUGGAGCCAUACCGGGCUCCGGAUGAGGAUCGCAGUGGAGACAAGAUGCCUGACAUGGCAAACCUCAUUUACACCAGCGGCACUACCGGCUUGCCGAAGCCUGCGAUCGUUAGUUGGGGGAAGUGCCGACUAGGAGCGGGUUUCAUCGGGCAAUGGCUGCCAUUGAAGCAGGGGGAUGUGGUUUACACGUGCAUGCCCUUAUACCAUUCUUCCGCCGCAAUCUUGGGAGUCGUGUCCACUCUCACGCAAGGCUCCACCAUUGCCAUUGGACGGAAGUUCCAACGUGCCGGGUUCUGGGCCGACGUGCGGAAGCACAACGCAUCCGUGGUCCAGUAUGUCGGGGAAACCUGCCGCUAUCUGUUGUCCGCUCCGGAGUCCCCCGUCGACAAGCAGAAUCGGGUACGCCUCGCGUAUGGCAACGGCAUGCGUCCCGAUGUCUGGAACAAGUUCAAGCAGCGAUUCGACGUCGCAGAAGUCUGCGAGUUCUACGCCGCCACCGAGGGACCGUCCGGCAUGUGGAAUCGCGACGUCAACGGGUUUUCAACCGGUGCCGUCGGACGGAACGGCGCCCUCGCCAAGCUGAUCGUCGGCUCGAGCAUCGCGUUCAUCAAGCUGGAUUUCGAGACCAACCUGCCCGUCCGUGACCCGAAAACGGGCCUCUGCUCGAAAGUCGCCGAUGGACAGCCCGGGGAGCUGAUCUACAAGCUGGACGAGAAGAACAUCAACGAGCGGUUCCAGGGCUACUACCGCAACGACGGCGCCACAUCCAAGAAGGUGCUCCGCGAUGUGCUCGUCAAGGGCGACGCCUGGUUCAGCACCGGCGACGUCCUCCGCGACGAGGACGGCCUCAUCUAUUUCUGCGACCGCAUCGGCGACACCUUCCGGUGGAAGUCGGAGAAUGUGUCGACGGCCGAGGUGGCCGAGGUGCUGGGCCGCGCCGACGACGUCGCCGAAGCUAACGUCUAUGGCGUCGAGGUCCCCGGCCACGACGGUCGUGCCGGCUGCGCGGCCAUCGUCUUCCACGCGGGCAAAUCGGCGGACCCGGUGACGCUGCGAAAGGUAGCGAAGCACGUGACGAAGGGACUACCACGGUAUGCCGUGCCCCUCUUCUUGCGCAUGUCGACGGAUGCGGACGCCAAUACCACGGGGACGAAUAAGCAACAGAAGACCCACUUGCGGGACCAGGGCGUGGACCCGAGCAAGGUUCCGGAGGAUCUUUUCUGGCUGCGCCCGGGCAGCGAUACGUAUGAGAAGUUUGGGGAGCGGGAGUGGAAACUUUUGGUGGCGGGAGAGGCCAAGUUAUAAGUGGGACAGCGUUUCGUUCAUGUGUUUCUGGAGGCUAGGGGAUGUAUUUGUGAUAUCACCGACAUGUACUUUGGCUGAAAUCGAUUUGACGGGUUAUAUUGUGAUAUGAGCGAAAAUCAUAGGAAACCCAUCUCUCUCAAUUCCAUAUCUCGUUCAAUGUCAAUAUAUGUACUCAUUUGCAUUUCAUCCAAGAAUCGGUCAAUGCAUGUGGCGUGGCCCGCAUUCCUGUCAUCCAGUUCCAUGUCCUGUUCCAUGUCGGAUGCGGGGAUGAAACGUUGAGUGU